ACCCGCUGCCCGCACCGAUUCCUGCUGCCUUAUAAAUAGGCGAGCGAGCGCGACCAGUGCGGGCUUCCCUAGCGCUGCGGGCUGGGACGGGACGGGACGGGACAAGGGGGGGAGUUUGGAAACAGCUGGAAAAGUUGCGGGUUCAAGUCCCGGUGGGACACAGCACUCCACGCAGACGGGCUCUGUGGUUCAAGGCGUCAGAGCCGUGAAAAGGAAGACUGUAAACACGCCGGAGGAGCGCAGUGAUUGGAGAAGCGGCUGCCUUGUCAUCCGGCCGCUGGAGGGGCCGACGCACGCCCACCCCGGGGCACGGAGCGCCGCGCGAGGAGGUGAGCGAGUGUGCAUGACCAACUGCCCCACGCUGAUCGUCACCGUGGGCCUGCCGGCACGGGGCAAGACCUACAUCUCCAAGAAGCUGACGCGGUACCUCAACUGGAUCGGCGUGCCCACCAAAGAGUUCAACGUCGGGCAGUACCGGCGGGAGUGCGUGAAGAUCUACAAGUCCUUCGAGUUCUUCCGCCCGGACAACGAGGAGGGCCUGAAGAUCCGAAAGCAGUGCGCGCUGGCGGCCCUGAAGGACGUGCGGGGGUACCUCAGCGAGGAGGGCGGGCAGGUGGCGGUCUUCGAUGCCACCAACACCACCAGGGAGCGCCGGGACACCAUCGUGACGUUCGCGGAGCAGAAUGGCUACAAGGUGUUCUUCGUGGAGUCCGUCUGCGAGGACCCCGAGGUCAUCGCCGCCAAUAUAGUGCAGGUGAAGCUGAGCAGCCCGGACUACACCGACUGCAACACGGAGGAGGCCGUGGAGGACUUCAUGAAGAGGAUCAAGUGCUACGAGAACUCGUAUCAGACACUGGACGAGGUUCUGGACAGGGAGCUGUCCUACAUAAAGAUCAUGGACGUGGGGCGGCGGUACCUGGUGAACCGGGUCCUGGACCACAUCCAGAGCCGCAUCGUGUACUACCUCAUGAACAUCCACAUCACCCCUCGGUCCAUCUACCUGUGUCGCCACGGCGAGAGUGAGCUCAACGUCAAGGGGCGCAUCGGGGGCGACUCGGGGCUCUCGCUGCGGGGCAAGCAGUUUGCUAAGUGCUUGGCCAAGUUCAUCCAGGACCAGAACAUCAAGGACCUGAAGGUGUGGACCAGCCAGAUGAAGCGGACCAUCCAGACGGCCGAGGCGCUGGGGGUGCCCUACGAGCAGUGGAAGGCGCUCAACGAGAUCGAUGCGGGCGUGUGCGAGGAGAUGAUGUACGAGGAGAUACAGGAACACUACCCCCUGGAGUUCGCCCUGCGCGACCAGGACAAGUACAGAUACCGCUACCCCAAGGGGGAGUCCUACGAGGACCUGGUCCAGCGGCUGGAGCCGGUCAUCAUGGAGCUGGAGCGGCAGGAGAACGUGCUGGUCAUCUGCCACCAGGCCGUCAUGCGCUGCCUGCUGGCCUACUUCCUGGACAAGUCCGCAGACGAGCUGCCUUACCUGAAGUGCCCCCUGCACACCGUUCUGAAGCUCACGCCUGUGGCAUACGGCUGCCGAGUGGAGUCCAUUUCCCUGAACGUUGAAGCGGUCAACACGCACCGGGACCGGCCGGAGAAAGUGCACGUGGACAGGUCCAGAGAGGACGCCUUGCAGACGGUCCCACCUCACCUCUAACCUCUGACCUCCGACCUCUGGGGCCCGCGCCGGCGCCCUCUGGGGAUCUCUCGCACAACAGACACCCGGCUGUGGAAGAGAAGAGGGGCGCCGGGGUCGGGACCCCCCCUCCUUUCUCCUGCUGCAACGCACCCGGCUCAGCUCCACAGGGUCUGGUUUGUGGAAGAAGCUCGGAUCAGAGCCCGGCUCUUCCUCCGGAUACGCCUGACCUUCCCGAAACCUGUCGGUCUGGACCCGCUGACCGAUCCGCGGGGGGGGGGGGCCAGACCGGGGCGGGGGUGUUCGGUAGAGAAGGGGGUUGAGUUAUUCCUGUUUCUGCUGCCCCCGGAGGACGCCGAUCGCCUCUCUGUGGUCUGGGUGCGGUUUGCUGUGACCGCAGGCCGGCUGUGUGGGCGUCGGCCCCACCUCUGUGGAGCCAGGCCGCGGAGGAGAGCAGCUCCACUGGGCAGCCAGCAGGGGGCCCCCCCCCCGAGCCUGCUGCUGCUGUGGAGGCUCAUGAUCGCCGCAGAGGGGGAAAUAGUCUGCUGCUUAAAAUUCCAAAACAGGAUUAUGGAAUUUUAAGAUGGCAAUCAAUUUUCUGUUUUGUGAAAUGUCCUGAUUGUGGGGAGUGGCACGGACAAGGGACACUGGGAAAGAUGUACUUAAUUUUGGCUUCCUUCCUCAAGUUUCGUUUGAAAGGAACUUUAAAAACGAGUGAAGCCAUUCUGAAAUGCUUUCAGUCUGUGCCUUUUUUUGAGUCAUUCAAAAGAAUGGGUGUGAGAACUUGAGUUUUAUCCGAUGCGUUUGAACCAGUGUAUCUCAGGUCAGGGUUAAGCAGUUGCUGCUGCUGUACUGGUAGUUUCUGGAGCUGCUGAAGGCUGAAUCGAGUCCUGGGACUGGGUCCAGGCAGACCGAGCCCCUUCCUUAGCAGGACCCUGGUGAUCCGAGCGCCGAACUCUCUCCGCCUGCGGCUGGGCUUCACUGCAGGGGCCUGGGCCCAGAGCAGUAUGGAGGUGAUAGAAGACCCCACCCAAUCACACGGGGGGGGGGGGCACAGAGAGAGAGUUCAGAGUGGGGCUCCCGAAAGAGUUCAGGGUGGAAUUUUCUGUUACCCUAUAUAAAUACAUUCCUAAGACAGCAUGAGGGGACUGAAUCUCUUUGGUCUUGAUCAGAGGACACCAAGGGGACUGGAGUAGAAGUAUCAAGGUUGGCUGUGUUCUUGAGGUGUGAGAGCUGUAACCUUUACUACCCAGAGCGGUCAGGUUCUGUGUCGAGAAGAGACAGAGUGACACUCCGAAGUCCACUGAGUUGUCACGGCAACAGAACCGCAGCAGAGGCUCCGCUGAUGACAUCACCUCUGACUGCAGUGCUGCGGUUGCCGUGUUACUGUUGCUGGUACUGACAUCACGCAGAGACGGGUUAGUGUCCGGGCUGGCCGGGAGCCUCGUCUCCGUGCGUUGGCUGGAGAGGAGUCUCUGCUCCAGCCCUUUUCUUAUUUUUAUGCUGGUUGAUUUAGACAGGUUCUGGGUUAUAGGCAGGAAGGGAUAUUUUUUUAGAAAUGUAUGUGUUUAAUUUGAUUUUCCCUGAAGUACUUUUUUUUCGUUGUUGUUGUGUGGUGGGAAGACGGUUUUGGCAACUAAAAGCAAUGCUGGAAUUCAGUACUGAAGUGUUGGGAAUAUUUAUCAGGUCGUAUCUGACUAAUAAAAGGCAGGAGGAGGGAUGGAUGGGCUCCAGCUCUGUGCAGAGCUGACUGGAGAAGCAUCCUUUAUCGGCAAAGAGCGUUCAGACAGCUCCGACAGGCUGGGAAGGGCUGGAGACGUUGGUACUGCUCUGGGAAUAAACAUUGCAAAGGAGGAAUUCCUAAUUGCAGGCGCUGGGGCAGCCAGUAACUGGUUUAGUCCAAGGACACCAGAAUGAGUUUAAUUACCAUCGCCACUAAUUUUGUCCUAAAAUUAAGUCCUGUGUGGCGCCCCCUGUCCUGUCUGUCUGUCUGGUGCACCACAGCGCCCCCCCGUGACUCUCUGGGCACCUGCAAGCGCGUCCUUCCCCUGCUCUGGACUCGGUCACGGGAGACCCAGCCCUUCCACAGCCCCGCCUGUCCCACCCAGAAGAGCCAUGUUUUACUCUCAAGCUGCAGGAGUGCGUUAGUUUGUAUUAUGUAUAAACACACACACACACACACAGGUCAGUGUACUGUCUGGUGUUCUGCUUGAAAAUACUGUACGAUGCAAAAUCCUGUAGUGUCGGGCUGGAGUUGAAAAUGCUGUGCAAAGUUCACAACACACGGGUUCUCAGCGUGGCGCUGGAAGCUUAACAUGGACUCCAGGGCCUGCUCUCUGCCCUGCUGGGGGGGAGGAACGAGUCUCUGUGUCAGCCGCUGCGCGGGAGGGGGCUCUAGAGCGAGAGCUGGGGCGCUCUUUCCUGGGGGGACACUGCCCACCGGCCGCUGCCUCUGCAGUCCGGCUGUUUGAAGAUCGGGGACCCGAGGCAGCCAGGCGGACUGCUGCAGGUGCGAGGAGCCAUUUCGCUUGAAAUCUGCCCUCAUUCAGGGAGAUUUACAAAGACCUCCUCCCCCCUCCAGCCCUGAUGCCCCCUCCCGUCAUGAGCGCGGGCCCCCAGGAGCCCCUGCAGCGGGCGGGCGCGGACCGCGGGGUCACCGGGGCGCUGCCGCCGCCGAGGGGGAGAAACACGCUGUGGUUGUAGUACCGUGGAAACGGGGGUCCCUCCUCCCCCCGUCUUGGCUCGGGAGGAAGACGGGGCGGCCCGGCACGCUCAGCGGGGUCCUCGCUCCAGCUGUGGCACAGAAGAGCACAUCUGGGAGGAGAAGUGGCCUCUGUCCGCGGGCGCUGGACCUGUCCAAGUGCAAUAGCUCCUCCGCUCGGACACGCGGGGAGAAACAACCCGACACGGCCCCUCCGCUACCUCUAGUUUGUUUUUUAAUGUAAGUGUAUUCAGUGAAUGUCUCUUUAAAAAUAAAAUACCCGAGCGCUGGAAGUGCAAACCCUG